GAGUGCACAGAACAUCCACUCACUUCCUUGUCAGAAUCACGCAACGUCCAGAACGGACAGGCAAGGAAGACCGCACGAAACUUGGUAGGAUCUGCUGACGACAACUUUUGCUUUGUCUGUCUUUUUCUCCUCGAAAAUUCAUCAUGUCUGCACCGCCAUCGGAAGAGGCGGCAACGGCGAAACCGCGGCGCAGUGUGGCCAACUACACGGAGGCACCGAAAAAGAAUCCUUAUCUGGUGAAGUUCUCGCGCUUCUACAGCACAAAAAUUCCAAUGGGUGUUCGUGAGUUUGUGGUGACGGGCCCUCUUUUGCUCAUCACGUUUGCCAUUGCGUACUUCAUCCCUUACCUAGUCCCCGCUGAGCAGUUCACACAGGGCCUCACCCCUCAUAAGCAAGACAUGCUUGAGUACACGCUCGAGCCCUUCUACGACGCGCACGGCCAGCUGAAGGGUUAUCGCCACAUCAACCAUAACCAUGCAGGCGACGGUAGCAACGAAGCACCGAAGAACACGUAA